AUGUCUCAAACACCAGAAUAAAAUCGAAAUUAAGAAGUGUGGCUUAGAAACUCUUUAAACAAAAAUAACAAAUUAGAAUUUGAAAUAAAGUCUUUGUAAAAUGAAGUGAGAACUAAGAAUCAGUAAUUGUCAUAAUUAGAGUUGGAUUAUAAGGGUCAAGUCAAUUAAUUAUAGUAGUAAAUUCAAAUAAAUCAAUCAUUACAACUUUAAAUUCAAUAGAUUUCUCAACUUAAUAUUGAUCAAAAGAGAGCAAUUGAAUAAUUAACUGACCAAAAUAAUUAACUAAGAAAUUAGCUUAAAUAGGUUUAAGAUACUAAUAACAUUGAAAAAAAUUAAAGUAAACAACUUUUGGAAAGAGCUAAUACAGAUAUCUAAAAACUAAAGAAUGAAAUUCUGUAAUUAUAGAGAAAUAAUGACAGUUUAUAAUAAUAAAAAAUAUACCAAAUCUCAUAAUUAGAUACGAAUUCCAAAAAAAUAAUAGAAGAACUUUAAGAAUAAAUUCGUAAAAUGUAAUUGUCAGCUACAAGUAAGAUAGAAUCAUUGACUUCUGAAUUGACAUUAAAAAAUGAUUAAUUGGAUAAAUUAACGAAGGAAAUUAAUAUAAAAAAGAAUGAAAUCUAUUAGAGUACUGCUAAUUAUGAAGCUGUUAAUGCAACUAAAUCAUAAUAAUUGAUUUAAGCAUAAUAAAUCUAAUAAAAAUUAUAAUAAGACUUUAAUGAUAAACUAGCAUAAUUCUAAAUGUAAGCCUAAAUGAAAAUUACAUAAAUGGAAUAAGAAAUUGUAUUAAAAAAUACAAUAAUUGAAAAGGCAAAUUAAGAUUUGGCUAAAAAGACAUAAGAAAUCAAAGAAAAUAAUUAAAAUUUUGAAUAAAUCAAUAUAUAGAAUUAAAAGAAAUUAUAAGAAAUGAUGAUUUAAGUUUAAAAAUUAUAAUUAGCAAUUGAAUCAGAAAAUACUUAAUUUGAUAGAAAAAAAGAUGAUUUUAUGUUAUAAAUGGGAAAUCUAGAAAAAGAUUUAAGUAUGUAAUAAUAAUCUUCAAAUUAAUACACAUAAAAAUUAAAUAAUGAAAUUAAUCAAUUAAAAAAUUAAAAUUUAGAUUUAUAAAAGUAAUUGAGUGAAAAACAUAAAUCACUUUGUUUAAUUUAAACAGAAUCAGAAGCUUAAAUUAAAUAAUUGAAUUUAUAAAUAGUUUCAUUUUAAAAAGAACUUUAAUUAAAAAAUUAAUAAAUUUAGUAAGCAGAAAGUUAAUUAUUAGAAAUAAAUGUGUUGAAAUCUUAAGAAGUAGAGUAAUUAAAAUUAAAAUUUGAUCAGAGAGAGAAAGAAUUAUUAUUGUAAAAUGAGUAAUUUAGUAAUAAUAAUAAAAUAUAAUCUUAAAGAGUUAUAACUUUAUCAAAUGAAGAAUUAAAUAGAUAAGUAAAAUAAGUAGAUUAAUUUUGGACUGAAAAAUAUAAUAAUUUAUCUAAAUAGAUGAAAGAAGAUAUAUAACAAUUAACAUAAUAAUAUCAAAUAUAAUUGACAUAAAUGGAAUAAGCUAAUAAAGAUAAAUUAAAGGUAAUUGAAUAAAAUAAUAAUUAAUUGUUAAAUUCAUAGAAAGAAAUAUUUAAUGAUUAAAUUAAAUUACUUAAUAGAUAGAUUUUAGAUUUAUAAAAGGAGAAAGAGAAUUCUAUUAUUGAAUUGGAUAUAAUGAAAGUUAAGUUAAAUGAACUUUAAGAUAAGACAUAAAAUUUAAAUAGUAGAGAUUAAAGAAAAGAUGAAUUAAUAUAGAGUUAGAUGGCAACAUUAAAAAAUAGUAAAGAAGGUAUUAUUUAUAUUCAUUUUAUUUAGAAUUAUUAAAUGUUAUAAAUUAAUAAAAUUUAGCUCAUAAAAAGGAGAUAUUUAAUUUAUAAACUAAAUUAGAUUAAGUAUAACAAUAAUAUGAAAAUUCUAUUAGAGAAACUAAAUAAAUUAAGGAAUAAUUAAAAUUAUCUUAACUUGAAGCAUAGUAAGUCUAAAAUUUGAGCCAUUAAAAGAAUAAGGAAACAUUAAAUGUUCAAGCUGAGAAAGAAUCAGAAAUAAUAAAAUUAUAGUCAGAAUUAUCAAGAGUGGAAAGUUUAUAUAAAUAAGUUUUCUUAGAAUUAAAGAUUAUCAAUGAAUAAAAGAAUGAUCUACAAGUUAUUGAUGAUUUUUAAUUAAAAGAAAAAGAUAUAGAAAUUGGAAAUUAAAAGAGUUAUAUAUUGGAAUUGAAGUAGAAGUUAUAAUAAUUAUAAAAAAGAAUUAAUGAAUUAGAAUUAUAAUUAUAAAGUGCUAAUAAAAAGUUGGCAUAAAAAGAUAAAGAUGCAAAAAAAGAGAUUGAAGUUUUAAAUCAAAGAAUUAAUAUUUAAAAAAGAUAAAUUUAAGAGGAAAGAGAAAGAUGUGAUGAAUUAGCAGGUGCAUAAGAAAUGGAAGUUUAAACUUGGAAUGAAAGAUUGAAAGAAUAAUAGAAAUUAAAUGAAGAUUUAUUUACAUAAUUAAUGAGAUUACAAUAAUAGACAUCAUAAAAUUCAGGUUUAAUGAAUGAAUUGCAUAAUUUAAAACAAUAAUUUGAAAUAAUAACUAAUUAAUAUAAAUAAUUAUAAGAAGAUGCAGAGGAAGCUACAAAAUAAAAGAGUAUGGUUAAAAAUGUUUAAAUUUAAAUGUUAUAAAAUCAUUAUAAUAAAUAAAUGGAUGAGUUAAAUAAAUAAUUAGAAGAAAUGAAAUAAUAAAAUUUAAAUUCAAAAUUAGAUUUUCCAAUUAUGGAUUUUAAUGUAUAAAUUAUAGCAUUAAAUGAUUUAUUAGUAAAAAAGAAUGUUGAAAUUAAUUAAAUAAAAUCUUAAACAUAAUAUAAAUUAUUAGAAAAAGACAGUGUUAUUGAUUAAUAAAGAGAAUUUACAUAAUAAUUAUAAAAUGAAUAUGAAAAAUUAUAAUAAUAAUUAAUGGAUCAACAUGAAUUUUAAGAAAGAGCAGAUAAUUUAUAAAUGAUUAAUGAAGAAAAAGAUAAUACAAUAUAAUAUUUAAAAGAAGAAAUUGCUAAAUUAAAAUAAGAAAACAAAUUAAUUAAAGGUAAAUUAGAUUUGAAAGAGUAAUCUAUGGUUGUAAUAUAAGAUUAAUAAUAAUUAAUCAAAUAACUAAAAAUUGAAUUGUAAAAUAAAUAAAAGAAUAUUCAACCAAAAUAAGUUGCUAUAUCUCAUUUAUAAACAAUGAAAAGUUCAAUACAUAGAAUGAGUAAGAGAUCAGAGUCUAGUAGAUAAGAAAAAUCUGAAGUUGAUUGGAAUGGAGAAUCUUAAUUUUUAUUAGGAAAUGCAAAUAAUUAAUUGCCAUGUUUUCAUCAAUAAUCUUAAGAUUCAUUUACUGAUAAUAAACUUAUUGAAAAAAUGAAUUCAGAAAUUGUUGAUACAAAUAUUAAAUUAAGAAAUCAAGUUGAUUUACUUAAUUAGGAUAAAUCAAAUCUAUAAAAUGAUUUAAAUAAAACAAUUUAGAAUUUGAAUUAAAUUAAAAAUGAAAAUAGUGAAUUGAUUCUUAAACUUUAAUAUGUUUAAAAAGCUUUAUAAUCUUCAUAAUAAAAUUAUGAAUAAUUAGAAAGAGAAAUAAAUUAAAAGAAUAAAAAAGAAAUUAGUAUUGUAUCAUUUGAUGAUUAAAUGAAUUCUAAAGUAAAGGUUUUGAAUUAAUAAUUAGAAAAUUUAUAAUCAUCAAAAACAUAAUAAACUUAAAUAAUAACUCAUUUAUAAUAAGAAUAAUCUGAAUUAUAUAAAUAAAUAGAUAGAAUUAAUGAUUAAAAUAGAGAAUUAAGAAAAAAUAUAACUGUAAUAAAUGAAUUAAAUAAAUCUUAAGAAUAACAAAUUAUAGAAUUAUAGAUGAAAUUAAAGUAAGAAUAAUUAGUAACUGUUAAGUAAAAUUCAGAAGUUAGAGUAUUUUAAUUGAAAUAAGAUUAAACUUCUUAAAUUGUAUCAUUUGAAAAUUAACAAUUAAAAUAAUAAAAUGUAGAAUUAUAGAAUAAGAUUUAAGAAUAAAAUUAAUUAAUUUCUAAUUAUGAAAAUUAAUUGUAAAAAAAAAAUGGAAUAGAUAAGAAAUAUGAAGAAUAAUAGAAAUAAUUACGUUUAUAUCUUGAUAAAAUAGAUAAUUUAGAAAAUGAGAAAAGAUAGUUAGAAUAGGAAUAAAAUAAAAUUAUAAUGGAUAGUAAUAAAUUAUUAGUAAGAAAUGAAGAUUAUGCUAUAAAAGUUAACUAAUUAGAAAAAACAUAUUAAUAGUUGAAAUAAGAAUUAUAAGAAUAAUAAGUUUAACAUGAAAAGUAAUAAGUAUUUUUAGAAAGAGAGAAAUAAUAAUUGUAAUCUUAAGUAAAAUUGUUAAAUAUUUCAUUAUAAAAUUUACAGAGAUUAAAUAAAUCAUAAGGUUCUGAAGAAGAUAAUAAGAAUAAUUAAUAAAUUGUUGAUAAAUAAAUUAAUGAAUUAAAUUCUAAAUUGUAGGAAAAGAUUAUUCAAAAUAAAAGUCUUUAAUAAUAAACUGAAUAAUAGAAUGUAGAAAUAAGAAGUCUAAAUUAAUAAAUAUAAUCUUUACAAUAAAUGUAUAUGCCUGUUUAAAAUUAAAUGGAAGAAUUAUAAAUUUUAAUAGAACAAUAAUAGAAAUAAAUAGAAAAAUAAUCAUAAUAAUAAACAACAUUUUCUUCAACUUAAAGGAUUAAUGAUUUGGAAAAGGAAUUAUAAGAAAAGUCAAAUAUUAUUGAAGAAAUAACUUAUAGGAAGUAUUUCUUAGAAUAAUAAUAAUAGAAUAAUGUUAGAGAAAUGAAUGAUCUUAGAUAAAAGAUUACAUAAUAUUAAUUAAUUAAUGAAUAAUUAAAUGAAUAAAUAGAUUAAUUGAUAAACGAUUAAGAAUAAGUAAAAUUAGAACAUGAAUAGAAGAUGAUAGAUUAUUAAAAUAGUGUAAGAAGAUAGAUAUAAACAUUUCAUAAUAAUUCUGUUGAUUUAUUAGAUUAAGUGGAUUAAUUAAAUAAACAAAAUUAAGAAAAUAAGCAAUAGAUAAUAAAAUUAAGUUAAUAAUUAAGAGAACGUGAAUUUGAGAUUUAAAGAUAAUAGUAAGACUUUUUAUAAUAAUAAAAUUAUUAUUAAGAAUUAUAGGUUACAAUAGUGAAUGAAAACAAUUAACUCAAAAGUUAGUUGCAUUAAAUGGAAAUUGAAUUAUAGAAUGUAAAAUUCAAAGAUACUUAAUCAGUUACAAAUUUGACAGCCUCUUAAGAAUUGAAAUUUAAACAUUUAUAUGAAGCAUUACAGGAGAAAGAGAAUAAAACAAAUUAAAUGAAUAAAGAAUUACAACAUUAAUUAGUAUUGUAUGAUAAAUAAGCAAAAACAUAUUAAAAUAGGAUUUCUCAUUUAGAAGAUGAAAUUAAAUAAUAUUAAGAAAAAGAAUCAAUAAAUUAUGAAUCUGCUGUUACUUUUCAUUAACCAGAAGAGAUAUAAUAAUUACAUGAAUAAAAUAUAAAGUUGACUAGUUAAGUUUAAAUGUUUUCAUCUUAACAUUUUCAAUUAGAGAAAUAAUUAAAUGAAUAUGAUGAAAAGAUCAAAUAUUUAUAAUUUAAGUAAGAGAAUGAAAUUAAAAAAUUAACAGAUGAUCAUAAAUAAAGACAAUAAUAAUUAAAUGAAUAAAUAUAAAUAUAAAAAAAGGACUUAAAAGAUUUAUAAGUUAAAUUUGAUUAAUUAAAUUAAAAAUAUUAAGAUUAAAAUUUAUAGAAUGAAAAGCUUUAAAAAUAAAAUUAAUAAUUAUCAUAAUAAAUAUAUAAUCAAUAAAAAGAUAUUAAUAAUUAUAAUUAAUAAGCAAAUGAAAAGUUAGAAUCAGCAAAUCAUUUGAAUUAAUAACUAUUAAAAUAGAUUAGCUAAUUGAAUAUUAUCAGAUAAUAAGAUUAAGAUGAAAUUAGAAAAAUGUCAGUAUAGAUAAAAUAAUUUUAAGAUUAAUAAGGAAAUUAUCAAAAUCAAAUUAGAUCAUUAUAAAAUUAAUUAAAUGAAAUAAAUUAGGAUUAAAAGUUAGAGAAAAAUGAAAUAAUUGAUUUAAAAAAUAAUAUAAAUUAAUUAAUAAAUGAAAAUGAGAAAUUAAAAAAUGAUUAAUCUAAUUCUAAAUUUGAUUAAUUAAGAUAAUAAAUUAGAUAAUUAAAUUAAUAAAAUGAAUUCUAAAAGUAAGAAAUAAUAAUAUUAAAAUAAUAAAUUACUUCAGAAUAAAAUACUAAUUAGAAUGAAAUACAAAAUUAUAAAAAAUAAAUUGAUAAACUUUAAAACUAACUUAAAUAAGGAAAAAAUGAUAUUUCAAAUGUUCCUGAUAAAUAAAUGGAAUAAAUCAUAUUAUUAUAAGCUAAUCUAUCAUAAUUACAGAAAAAUUUAAGAGAUUCAGAAGAAUAAAAUAGAAAUCUUUAAAGAUAAAUAAAUUUAUUAUAAAAUGAUGAUUAUAAGUAAAAACAAAAGUUGAAAAAAAGAGCUCUUAAAGAUAAAAUUAUAGAAUUAUAAUAAGAAUUAACAAAUUCUUAAAGAGAUUAUAGUAGAAAUGAGAAAGAUAAAUCAAACAAUUUGGUUAAAUUUUAUGAUAAGGAAAUUGAAGAAAAAUAAAGAUUAAUAAAUUCUUUAGAAGAAUAAUUUAAGAUUUUAUAAAAGGGUUAUGAAGAUUAAGAUCAAGAGAUCAAACAAUUAGAGGAAGAGAAUAGCAAAUUGAAAUAUUAAUCAGAUAAUUAUUAGAAUGAAUUAGCAAUAUUAAGAAUUAAUCAGAAUUUGUCAUUGAAUCCAAAUAUAACUAUUAAUAAUCUCAAUAUUCAAUAGGAAAACAAAAUACUUGAAUUAAAAAUUUAGAAAUUGAAUACAUAAUUGGAUGAAUUGAAAUUAAAGUUACAAGAUUCAGAAAAUGAUUUAGCAGAUAUGAUAGAAAACUAUAAAUAAGAAUAAUAAGUAAAUAUUUAAUUUAAAUUAUUAGAAAAAUAAAUAAUUAGAAUUAAAUCUUAGAAAUAACAAAUUAACAUCUAAAGAAAUAGAAAAUUAAUAUAGAUAAAUGAUUUUAAAAGAAUUUCCUAUUUAUGUAUAAUUUAUAUUUAAUUUUAUUAGAAUGAUAAAACAUUAGAAUAAAUGAUUAGUUUAUUGAUUCUUAAUGGAAUUCCAAAUAGAUCAUCUUAAAGAAAUCAAUAAUUUAUUGAACUCUAAUAAUAAAAUUAAGAGAUGUUAGAAGAAAUUCAAAUUUUAGUUGAGAAGAUAAAAUCACAAGAAAUAGAAUAUAAUGAUCUUUAGGAACAACUUUAAUAGACAGCUAAAUAAAAUUCUGUUCGUAGUGUCAAUCAUAGUCAUGGAAUGAGCAAUGAUUUUGAGAAAGAUAAGAAGAUUAUAGAAUUGGAAAACAAAUUAGCUCUAUUAGCUAGUGAAAAUUCUAGAUUAAAUCAUAUAAAAGUAUUUUAAUUUUGAGUAAUUAUUUAUAGAAUCAAUAACAUAAACAGUUACAAUCAUAACUUACUAAAUAAGAUAUACAAAAUUAUUGA